GACAUUCAAACUAUGAAACCGGAAGUACAAAGUACAAAGCCAAGGUUUUAAGGGACUUUUCCUACGUGUUUGGUUUCGAGGCUCAGCUUUCUCCCAAAUAUUAGUUUAACUCUCUGAUACAACAAAAUCAUUUUGUUGUACUGACGGACAAUAAGGUCGUUGCCCUCAAGCUUAAUUACAGAAGUCUCUCGAGGAGAAUAAUCACAACACUGGCUUGCGUGCAGAUCAGCACACAAACGUGUCGAAACGUGGCGCCUUCUACUGUAGGAAUAUUUAAACAGGAAUGAACAAUUGAACGGCCUCGAGGAAACAUCACUGAGAAACGUCUGGAGUCUGGUUUAGAGUGCGUGUAACCCUGAUGCAUAUUGUAACUGAAUUAAAUAAGUACAAUCCAUAAAAACACGGAAAAAGUCAGAGAGAUUUUGUCUUGAUAUCGACGCCGACAACGUACUAGCGACGGUCGAGCUAGCGUGUCAUCCGGGACCUAGCGCACUGCCCUGACCAUCACAACGUCACGCAAAAAAUUUGAGUCACGCACAGUUCUGCGGUAACAACGAAGAAUUCAUAUUCGGUGGAUAAAUCUUUGGCUUUUUGCAGACUUCUCCAGCACAUAAGUCUUUUCAAACGAAGGCUGAAAUCAAAGAGGUAUUACCAUAACAUAAAAAUGACGAAUCAAGAAACUAGGAAAGGAAUGAAAUUCCCAUCCGGCCCCGCUGGAGACAUAUCAAACCAAAGCAUAGACAACGGACAGCCAUCUUGCAACGAUGAGAAUGGCUCGUUAGUUACGUGUGUUCCUGUCAAUUCUGCAAGGGGUAUCGCUGAAGCAACAAUUGACACCGUCGCAAACACUCUGAAAAUUACUAUCUCUAACUUCAAAACUGUUGCAGUCGGCAAAUCAAAAACGGAACAAGCUUUGAAACCCGUCGACUACCAUCGACAGCUUUCUGACGAAGCACGACACCGUACCUUUGUGGACUGUCCACUGCCCCUAAUCAAAAUACAAGGAUCCCUAAAAGGAAUCCAGUUUGAGAAGAUCUUGUCAAGACUUGAGGAUCUCCAAGACAAUGCAAAGUUUGAAGACCAUGAACGCCUUGUUACCGCAAGUAUGCAAAGUUUUGCGGAAGGAAAAAAACCCGACAUGGCUUUAGCGCUGAAAAUAGAGCGAGGAGUAGCUUUUGCGUAUCAAAAAGAAUUCAAGAAAAGCAAGAGCAUGUUUAUUUCAGUUAUAACAUUAGACAAACACCAAACGUAUCAAAUUAUAAAUCCGAACAUAUUACUGGCGAGAGCCUACUUUUUAAGAGUGGCUGAUCCUAUGGAAAGAUCUUCAAAGGAAAUGGGUAAGAUAUUAAAAUUUCUAAGGCGCAGCGAAUUUCUCUUGCAAAACCAUGACUCGCCAGAAGACUGGGCUGAGCUUUAUCAGACCUAUGGCUGCUUUUGGCUGGAUUACAUGAGUCUGAUACCGGUAAACCGGUGUGCUCACAACACUGCUCGGGAUAACGCGAUAAGUUCUUUCCAGAAAGCUGUAUUUUACAGCCAACAAGAUCCUCGACCCAGAGUUCAGAUUAAAAGGCUAAUGUACGCUCACAUCAAACUAGCAACAAUACUCCUACAUUGUUAUUCAACUGCCUCGCGGAUUCAAGAGAAAACCAUUCCACCCAACGACAUCAAACAAGCUAAGGAAUACCUUGAUAUUGUUCAGUUCAAACUUGGAGAGGUUAUACCCAUGGGUACAUGGAUACAGCUCUUGAAAACCCGAUCAGAUCAGUUUUAUCGUGAGGAUAAAUACAAACUGGCCCAAGAAACAGUCGAGGAGGCUUACAGGCUCGCUUCCUUCCACAAAUUUGACACUGAAUUAACAACUCUACGAGAGAUGAUCGAGUUGUUUCAGUGGAAAUUUCAUUCUCACCUAGUUUUCACGGAAGAACUUCAUUUUUCAAACAGCGAAGCCCCUUACAGUGCCAGUGGGUCCAGUUCAGGAUAGAGAUGGAUAAUUCGAACUCGCUAAAACGUAUAUCUCCAUGUGUCUGCAUAAAACUCGUUUUUCAGUAUGUGUCGCUGAAAGUUAAAUCAUUAUUCAUACUGAAAUCAUUAUUCAUACUGAAAAGUAAGAUAAACGAAUAGCAAGUGUUUUUUUAGUAAGAAGCCGCGUUUCAAUGAACCUGAACUUUUCUUUCACAAUUUAAUUGUGAAACCGGAAGUACAAAGUACCAAGGCAUGAUGUCAACUUCCAUUUUAGACGUAAGAAGAUUUUCGUUUUAAGGUUCAAUUUGCAUGUAAACAUAUAAAAUAUUGUUGGAUAAAUUCCCUGAUUCAAUAAAAGUUACUUUCUCUGGCCGGACGGUGAAAAGGG